CCAAAUUUACAGCUGCAGUAUUGCCUUAAGUCUGAAAAGCCCUUCGAUAGUGAAGAACUGUGACAAAGACAUGUUUCACGUGAUUUUGCAGAAUUCUUGUAAUAGAUGGUGAAAGUUUGCCUUUAAUAACACUGACCUCAAGAGUAAAUGUCUUUUCAUCAGCAUUAGCACAAUAUGAAUGUAACUUUGGGCACCCUGUGUCUCAGUUUACAUAGCAAGAAAAGCUGACUAAAAAGCAGAAACUUGCUGAAAACCAGAUGUUGGGAUUAGGGUGAAUUUCCUGGGGGGAAUAAAAAUCCCUCCUCCCCCAUGAAAGUAAGAAACUGAAUUGCAAAAACAUUCUAUUGAUAAUACAUGCAAAUAUUGCAGUUGUGUUCUUGCAAUUAAUUUUACCUGGUGGACCUCUGUUUAAUUCCACCCCAUUGUGCAUAAUUUUUGAGGAUCACUCAGAUACCGUUCUCUAGCCUAAAUCAAUAAAAUAGCCUUUGUGUGAUGCAGAAGAGUAAUAAUACAAAAAUAAUUUUAAUAUAAAUGUCCAUUUAAUAUGGACUGACAGUUUAGAGUGCCACCAACUUUUACAAUAAUUCUGCUAAUCAUUAUUUCAAACUUACACCUUCAAUCAUAAAAUAUGAAGAAAGGAAAAAGUAAUAUGAACACGAGAGACCCUGGAAAUAUCUCCCUCCAGUCUUUGUCCUCCCUCUUCCUUACAGACAUGUAUAUUACAAAUGGAUACAGAAUGGCCAGAAAAAAAUCCAACGAGCCUCUCAAACCUGUUGAAUUAGCUAAUAGCAGGAGAAAAGAAUAUCAGCAGACCUCUGUGAAGAAAAGGGACAUACCUAAAUGGUUUCCCAUUAGUUGCUGCAACAGGCUACAGUUUGCCAGCUUUGAGAAAGAAGGUGCCAAAGGUAAAAGAUCCCAGAAUUUCUUUUACCAUCGGAAUACAGGCUGACAUUUGCCCCAGUUUAAACCAGACAACCCAGACCCCACUUUAGGAAUGCAUCUCUAUUCAGAAAAAGUGCUGAAGUACAUUCCUAAAGUAUGGUUUCAGAGCAGCAGCCGUGUUAGUCUGUAUCUGCAAAAAGAAAAGGAAGACUUGUGGCAUCUUAGAGACUAACAAAUUUAUUUGAGCAUAAGCUUUUGUGAGCUACAGUGAUUAAGUGCUUUCCUGCAUUGGGAACCCAGUCCUGAUAAAACUAUGAAGAAUAUUGGAUAUCAGCUGUUGUUACUGGAAGUAGCUGUAACUUGUGAUCCUAUGUGACUGAGAUUCAGUAUAGAUUAAAGGGCAUCUUCAGUUGCUUUCAAACUCAGUAGUUUGCAGUGUGACCCUAGUAGCCAAGGUGCUCAAACACUACCUUAGUGAAGGGAGUUUCUAAACCUACUGAACAGGAGUCUUUAACUUUGAGGUUUUCUAAUCCAAGUGAAUCAACAAACUAAAACCCUUCCCAAAGCCAGCAAAUGAGAUGAUAAACUAGUGACCUAUUUGAAUCUAUAAUUUGUACAAUAUUAAUUCUUGUUAAAGAUUAUACAGAAAGUUCAUUGUUUAGUGUUGAAGGACAGCAACUCUCUCUGUCAUUCUUUACAUUAUUAAAAGACAUUACUAGUAUUUUUGCAACAUGUAUGGGCAGAGUUUGGGACCCGCAGCUUUUUCCUCAUCCACCUUUUGCCCUGUACCCUCCUGAACUACUUUGGUGGUCAAACCCCAACUGAUAAAACACCUUUUUCUUUUUAUACUUUGCAGAGGAAUUAAUCUUUCAGUAGGAUAUUCAACAUGUGAAGAAGCCAGAGUCAUUAGGGAAAGGACUGAUAAUUUUGAAGGAGACUGGAGAAUCUUUUUUUAAUGUAAUAUUUAUUAAAAAAAAUAACUAGUUAGUAAAAUUGAUGGUUCUGGCAUCAGAAGGAGCCCCCCAGCACAAAAGAGAUCCUAAUUGUGCAGAGCUGGCAUCCUCCUCCAUGCUCUUAAUCCCACAUACCUCCCUGCUUCUAGGGAGGGGAGCCUGAAUGGAGGAAAUGGGGUGGAAGGAACACCCCUACACCAAGCUAAUUAUCAGCUGCUCUGACCCUAGAAGACGGACUCCAUCCAGCCGGCGCAGGCUCGCAGGGAGAGUCGGCAAAGGGAGCUGCAGGGUUUAUCUGCGCCCUUCCCCGCCCCUCAGCAAUGGGGCCAGCGCGACCCCAGCCCGUUUAGAAGAAAGGCGGGCACGGAACAUGCCCGGGGCUCCAUCAGGGUUGGGCUCCCGUUACCCAAGUACCUUGAUGGCUUCAGCGCCGCGCUCACCCUCCGCCAGCCGGGGAGAAAGGGAAGCCGAAUGCCGCGCUGCGCCUCUGGCGUCAGUCGAUCGGAGCAAACCCCUCCCCCACGUGCACCCAGGCCGGCCCGCUUGCGCCCCAGGCCGGCUGCCCCGCUCCCGAUUGGGUGCCUGGGGCCGCGCGGGGGGCGGGGCUCCCGGAAGUGCCGCUGCCACAUUGGCCCGGAAGGGAGGGGGGCGGGGCGCUUUAGUGGCAGGGGCGGUGCUAGCCGCCGCGCGAGCGGCUGUUUUGGUUCCUGGUUCUGAGGGAUUCCACAGGGCGCAAGACGCGGCCCCUCCUCCUCCUCCUCCUCCUGUCGUUGCUGCAGACCGGCGCCGCCCCCGCCCCCGUCCCCUGCCGCAGCCCGAGCCCGAGCCCGAGCCCGAGCCCGCCGGCGCUGCCCAUGGCCGCUGAGAUCCAGCCCAAGGCGCUGACCCGCAAGCCCGUCCUGCUCAGCAAGGUGGAGGGCUCCCAGGAUGUAAUGAGCAUGGCCGCGAUCGUGCCCAAGGAGGACGGGGUCAUCAGCGUCUCCGAGGACAGAACUGUCCGUGUGUGGCUGAAGAGAGAGAGUGGGCAGUAUUGGCCUAGCAUAUACCAUGCAAUGCCAUCUCCAUGUUCAUGCAUGUCUUUUAACCCGGAAACAAGAAGGCUGUCCGUAGGUCUAGACAAUGGUUCAAUCUCAGAGUUUAUUUUAUCAGAAGAUUACAACAAGAUGACACCAGUGAAAAGUUACCAGGCUCACCAAGGCAGGGUUAUAAUGAUUCUGUUUGUCUUGGAGAUGGAAUGGGUGUUAAGCACAGGACAGGACAAGCAAUUCACAUGGCACUGCUCGGAGAGUGGGCAGCGGCUCGGAGGGUAUCGCACCAGCGCGGGGGCCUGUGGCCUGCAAUUUGAUGUUGAGACCCGACAUGUGUUUAUAGGUGAUCAUUCUGGGCAGGUAACGAUUCUCAAACUAGAGCAAGAGAACUGCAGCCUUGUCACAACAUUUAAGGGACAUACAGGUGGUGUCACUGCUCUUUGUUGGGACCCAGUGCAGCGAGUUUUGUUCUCAGGCAGUUCAGAUCAUUCCAUUAUUAUGUGGGACAUAGGAGGAAGAAAAGGAACAGCCAUUGAAUUACAAGGACACAACGAUAAAGUUCAGUGUCUCUCCUAUGCUCCCCACACAAGACAGCUCAUCUCUUGUGGUGCAGAUGGUGGAAUUGUUAUCUGGAAUAUGGAUGUUGAGAGACAAGAGACACCAGAAUGGUUGGACAGUGACUCCUGUCAAAAGUGUGACCAGCCUUUCUUCUGGAAUUUUAAACAGAUGUGGGACAGUAAGAAAAUAGGCCUUAGACAGCAUCACUGCCGGAAGUGUGGGAAAGCAGUGUGUGGCAAAUGCAGCUCUAAGCGCUCCUCCAUACCUCUGAUGGGAUUUGAGUUUGAAGUGAGAGUCUGCGAUACCUGUCAUGAAUCGAUAACGGAUGAGGAACGUGCACCCACAGCCACUUUCCAUGACAGUAAGCACAACAUUGUCCAUGUACACUUUGACGCAACCAGGGGAUGGUUAUUGACUUCCGGGACAGACAAGAUUAUUAAGUUGUGGGAUAUGACACCAGUAGUGUCUUGAUGAUACGCCAGUGGAACUUACAGGCAGUAUUUACUGAAGAAACAGAUUUCCUAACUCUAAUCGUAUUGCAGAAGAUAAAAUGCUGCAUGUACAUGGCUGAUAAGGAAGGAGCUAACACAUCUGUGAUGAUUUUUCAAGGCAUCGGCUCGAUCAAGAUUGAACAUUUGCACGAAGACUCUAUUUCAACUUGUUCUCAAAAUAUCCGAGAAGGUAUUUUUUUAACUAACGGUUUGUAUGAUCGGUUCAGUUAUUUUGAGUUUAUCUGUGUGCUGUGCAAUUUAGUUUUUAUAUUUCAUUAUGUUGGUAUACUUGUUGCUUUGUGUGAAAGGGUUUUUUGUUUUGUGUCUGGGCUUGUAAGAAAGUUUCCAAUCACAACGUACUGUACAAAGCUAUCAGAGCUCCCCAGAGAGAGUACCUAUUUAUUCGUGAUGUUUUUGCUAACAGCCUCUUCGGUGGAGCAACUUUGAGCAGCACUUUUGCUUACUGCAUCGUAAAGGAUCUGUGGAACUAUUGCAACUUUCUGAAAAGGGCUCUUCCAUCUACUUGUUCUAGCAAAUACCACUUUGCGAUGGCAUUUUAUUGUUGCAUAAGAUGAAAUUCAGUUCCUUCUGUCUCUUUCCUUGCCACACAGGUUGCAAAAUCAAGGGGCUGGGUUGCUUAGCAACUAAUCUUACAAUAACUGAAAUAGUUUUCCAGCCCAGAGCAUUAACAAGGAGUGUCUAGACCAGUUUGAAUUUGAUGAGGCCGCACAGGCUGCUUCAAAUUAAAUUGGCAGCGGCUUGUAGAACUGUGGAAUUGUAUAAAAGGGCAUCUAAACAUGCUUGGUUGGGCCCAAACAAGCCUGUUUCUUCCUCACAAAGCAUCAUGUCAGUGUUUACGUCUGUCUCUUUUGCUGGAGAGAAUUUAAACUUUCCCAUUCCUGCUCCCCACCCAGUUAUUUAUAUUUAUUUUAAAAUUGCUGAUGGUUUUUAUUAAUCAUGUAUAUAGUCCAGAAACUAAUGUUGCUGACUCACACCUGUUCUCCUGCUGUCCAGUUUAGCAGUUUCUUUUUAAAAAUAAAAAUGAUUAAAAAACCCACCCUGGCCCAUAUGACCUUUUUAAAGGGAUAUUGUUGAGGUCAUAGGUGGGGAAAAUUGUCCUCCUUCCACAGAGGUCCCAUUUGGAAGGUCCUUGCUUUCUGGAUUCCUGAAUGUUUCGUUUAUAAAUAAAUUAUUAUGGCCGUGCUUUGAAGAAACUAAAAGUGGAAAGACUGCAGCAGGACUGCCGGACCUUUCAUAUGGGGCCACUAUUAUACCCACCACUAUUUUACCCACCAAAAUGGAGGAGAACCAGAGACUCCAACAUCCACAAGGUAGGCACUAUGAUCUGGGGACAUGGAUACAUAACUGGUAAUCAGCAAGUCAGUGGCACAACAAGGCCACAUGGAAGACCUAGCAAGUGACUUACCCCUCUCUGUGCAUCAUUCCCCCACUGUAAACUGGAGUGUAAUGAUACACACUCACUCUUGUAAAGCAUGUUGCAGGCUGCGGAUGUCAAGUGCUGUAGUGCUAAGUGUGCUAUUAUAGCUCUGCAAACAUCUACUCUUGCCCCUUGCCUGCAGUAGGUAACUUUUUUUUAAAAUGGGUGAAUAAAAUAUAAUUAAUUCUUCACCCAUCAUCAGUUGCCCUAGUAAAGGGUGAAUAAGUAGGUGUGUGCGCACGCCACGACUUGUCCAUCUUCCUGACAAUUCUGUGUUUUGCAUUAUUUACUCUAUAUGUAUAGGUUUGCCAAUCCUCAUAUUCUCCUUUUUAAAAUGACCCUACUCUCGCUUUAUUGGACAUGCUGCCAAGUAUCUGCUUCUCUAAGCAGCCCAUUUUAACGUAUAUUUUCAAACAUGAUAAAGACUUAGCUAAAAGAAUCUUUUCUAAUGUAAAUAUUAAUUCUUUUGCAAGCCAUCCUGCUUUCUCUCAUGGUAACUGGCUGCUGAUUUUAUUCUCCCACUGGAAAACCUUUCAAAGGUGGGUCAUUACACCCUGUUCCGUAUUGUAUGAUGACUAAGGCUGCAAUUUAGUCACAGAUAUUUUUAGUAAAAGUCAUGGACAGGUCGUGGGCAGUAAAGAAAAAUUCACGGACAGUGACUUGUCCAUGACUUGUAUUAUAUCCCAAUGAAAACUUGGGCCGGGGUAAUUUUGGGGGGUGGGGCCUCCAUGGGUGCUGGGGGUGGGCACGAGCACACAGCCCAGGACCCCUGCUGGUUCUUGGUGGAGGGGAGAAGGUUGGCAGGCUCCCUACCCGGCUCCGUGUGGCUCCCCGGAAGCAGCCGAUAUGUCCCUGCAGCUUCUAGCGGGAGGGGAGGGAAGGCCAGAGGGUGCUCCGUGUGCUGCUCCCCCCCCCCCCACCCACGAGCACCAGCUCCGCAGCUCCUGCUGGCCAGGAACCUCAGCCAAUGGGAGCUGCAGGGGUGGUGCCUGCAGGCAGGGGUAGUGUGCAGAGCCCCCUGGUUCCUCCACGUAGGAGCUGCAGGGACAUGCCGGCUGCUUCUGGGGAGCUGGUAAGCAUCAUCCCACACUCCAGCCCUGAGCUCCCUCCACAUCCAAACUAUUGUUGUUGAUGGGCAAAGUCACGGAGGUCACUGAAAGUCCUGGAAUCCAUGACCGACAUGCAGCCUUAAUGAUGACUGAAAUUUCUUCUGCUGAAAAAGCUAUGCAAGAUGACUCAGUGGUUUGCCAAUGUCCAAAUGCUUGUUGCUUAGCUGGGGUGAAACUGCUGGAUUAUGCUACUCCACAAUACCUUGGAAGGGUCGGGCUACUUUUCUAAAAACAAGAUCCACUUUGCUGCUGCUCUGAACAAAUAUGUAGCGGGAUGGGUGAAACAUCCGGAAAUACUGGACAAAGCAACUCAGACCAGUAUCUUUCGUAAAAAUGUAUACACUUAGCUUUUGUCUACACUACAGAAUUAGUCAGUGUAAGGCAGCUUAUGUCGGCCUAACUCUGUAAGUGUCUACGUUGGUGGGAGCUACUUUUUAAUAUCACUCGCCCACUACACCGACUUAAUAACUCUACCUCCGAGAGAGGCGUAGUGCUUCAGUCAAUGUAGUUAGGUCAGGGCAGUGUCAGUGUAGACAUUGCAUUACUUACAUCGCCUGUUGCUGCCUUCCAGAAACCGUCCCACAAUGUCCCGCACUGACAGUUCAGUCAGUGCAAGUGCUCCUGGUGAGGACGUGUACCACCGACACAAGGAGCGUAGUGUGAACAUGCAAAAGCAAUUUAAUUACUGUGGUGACUGUACAUUGACAUCACUUAGGGCAACUUAAUUUUGUAGUGUAGACAUGCCCAAAGAUAAACACUAAGAGGGCAGUUCAGCAUCUGGUGUAAAUUAUAGUUCCAUUGAAGUCUGAGGCACUAACAAUUUACACCAUCUGAGGAUUUACCCCUGUGUCUUUCAGCCUCUCCCUCAUAAGGGCUGUAAGUACAAAUCCACCAAACAAAAAAUUAAGCAGAGUUUUUACCCUCCAAAAUGGAGGAGAACCAGAGACUCCAACAUCCACAAACCCUAUUUGGCUGUAAGAGGGUUUGACUGUACUGUGAAAACAGACUUCUCUGCAAAUUGUAAUUAAGUCCUCUUCUUGAUCUUUACAACUUAAAUGCUGUGGAUGAGAGACUGAGAAAUCCCAUUCUGUGGGUUGGUUUGUUUUUUUUUUUGCUUCUCUUUGUGCCUAGAAAGACUUCUCAUUGGGCAGUUCAGGGUUCAGUCUACUAACAAAAAGAAUUGUCUUCACUGGAGGAUGCAUAAGAGCUAAAGGGGAUCUGUUCUCCUCUUGUUAUAAUCACAUAGCUCUCAUGGGAGCUAUGUCUUGUGUAUGUGAAGGGGAAAAUAGACCGGUCUCACUUGAACUGCAGCUCCUUUAUCUCCCAAAUUAAAAGUACAAGGAUUCGACACUGGUAGAGUUAAGAAGAAUGUCCAAUCUCUGGGAUAAGAGUUAGGCCUUGUCUACACUAUGCAGGGAGAUCGAUCUAAAUUACACAACUUCAGCUACAUGAAUAAUGUAGCUGAAGUCUACAUAGCUUAGAUCUACUUACCGCGGGGGUCACACUAUGCUAUGUCAACGGAAGACUCUCUCCUGUCGACUCCCUUGUGCUUUAUUCCGGUGGAGUACAGGAGUCGACGGGAGAGCCAUCUGCAGUCAAUUUAGUGGGUCUUCACUAGACGCACUAAAUUGACCGCUGAUUUAUCAAUCGCCGCAUGUCGAUUCCUCCCGUAAGUGUAGACAAGCCCUUAGUGUCAGUUUCUUUCAGCCCUUUGAUCAGCAUGGAUUCCAAAAUUCCUGUUGCCUACUCCAUUCUUUCAGUUAUAGCUGUGAGGAGAAACCCUCAGUGCAAUUAAUCUAUACAAUUGUCCUUUUUCUUUUUACUUGGAGGUGAGCAAAGGGCAUCUUUCAACAAGGAUGUUAAAUUACAUCCUAAGAAGUACAAGCAGAAAUCCUCCAUUUUCUUGGUUGAUUACAGUUGAUUACAGUUGCUGUUUGUUUUAGUUACAGGAUUUUUCCACUGCAUCAAAGGAAUGCAGAAAACACUAGCCUUCCUCCACUCUUAAAUUUAAAUUUAUCAGAUUUUCAUCGAUCCUCUGUUACCUUUUUUCCCCUUCAGGGAAUCUACCCAGUCUGUGUGGCUUAAAAACCAGUGAUUACUGCAAUGCUUACAGAAAAUAAGCCGCACUAUUAUUGUACAUUGCACUGACAAUAAAUGAGUGUGUUGGCAACUGACCAGAGGCAAGAUAUUAAUAUAGCUACUUGUGUUCCUGCUCAGUACUGAUGACUAAAGAAAGAUAUUUCUGCGGUUUGGGGUUGGAGGAGAAGCUGAGAAGAGUGUUGUUUUUCUCUAAGGUAGGAACUAGAAAUGAGAUGAAAUUAGGCAAAGGAAAAUGGGUGCUGACUACUAGCAACAGUUUUCUUAGAUAACAGCAGUCGUCUCCCGAGGAUAGAAGAAACAAACUCAUUGCAUGGGUCAUUUCAACUGGACAGAAUGCUAACAAACAGUACUGCAGGGAAGAAUUCUGCAGUAGUAACAAGAGACUCUUGUUACUCUCUUCUCUCUAUUUUCUAUGACCUGAUGGUGAUCCUGAAGCUUUGUUGACCUUGGUAUCAAGCAAGAAAAAAAAAUGGGGGUGGUCCUUAACACCACCUGGUAUGAUCCUUGAAGUGGUAUCAAAGGGGAUAACUCUUAAAGCUUAGCCCUGGCUGGGUUGUUUAAAUAUAUACAGUAUUGGGCAGAGGGUGGGGAGCAUAUUUCCUCAGUCUUGGGUUGGUUUGCUGAAGAGAAGGUGGGAUGUCAGACAUUUGAAACUGAUUCUGUGUAGCCCCAUCUAGUUGCAGAAAGAAACCAUUGGUUUAAGCAAACUAAAGGAAAUUAUUGUAAGAGAAAAUAUUGUAUGUUCUCAUAAGCAGAUUGCUUCAUUUCAUAAGACUUUUAAAUGUAGGUGAAAAAUAUUGAAAUGAUUUUUCUUAGUCCAAAACAUUAGGGCUGCUCUAACUAUUAUUUUAGAAUGCUGUGCAAGAAUGUCCUUCCUGUUUACAACAGAGCUUGGAAAAAAGGACCAGAUUAAUUAUCAGCAUUUAAAUCUUUCUGUUUUGUAGUAUGUAGGAACUAACUGUGCAAUGAAUGUGUACAUAUUCCACGUGAGUAUCCUGAUUCUUUACAGAAGACUGCGUUAAACAAAUGUUGCAUAUUUUUUCAAUAAAGUCUUUUUCAUCUUUUCACUA